CCAACUUCCUUAGCUAAUCUAAUCAUCAUCAUCACCGCCAGUCUCCCCGCCGUCGCGCCUCCUCCUUGCCCGGUCCCCGCCUCUCCAACCGGCCCGGCGCGCGGCGGCGACCAGGCCCCGCCGCUGCCGCCCCCCGCGUAUCUCCUGCCCUCCGCCCCGUCAGUCCGCGCGCUCGCAGGUGAGGAUUUCUUCUCCCGCCUCUCGCGUCGUUUCGGGGUGGGGGGAUAGGGUCGGAGGAUCGCGGGGUGAUCUCCCGCGGCUGGUGCGGCGGGGAGGGGACGGAUAGGGGAGCGUGGGAGUGGAAUUGCCUGCUGUGUCUCGCGGGCCAGUGCGUGGUCGAGGGGGGUGACGGCUGGCCAGUCCGUGCCUGGUAGCGUUAAUGUGUGCCUAAAAUUCCGACCUUUCCUUUUUCUGUUGUUGGAUGUGAUUGUAGAUGAUUCGUGAAAUUGGUACGAGACUGGGUUGGUGCUGUAGAUGAUUGAAAUGGAGGAAGGUCCAGGUAUCGUGGUGCGGAUUGCAGGUAUACAAAAUAUUUGAAGAAGGGCCAUAGUACUUGAUGCAAUGAAGUCAACAGUGUUUUCUGCAGUUGUUGUUUCAAUUGGUUAUACAUUACUUGGAUGGGAUUUUGCAGCGUUGUUAGAGGCUAAUCGUCAUAUGGAAAAGGAAUUUGAAUUGGAGAAUGGACAUUCUAUUGAGGGUAUAACCAUAUCAGUCUCAGCAUUUGGGGCUAUUGUGAUAACAAUAUUCUCUGGAUCACUAUUAGAUUGGCUUGGAAGACGUGCCAUACUGGUCCAUUCAUCUCUGCUAUUAUUGUUGGGUGGUCUCCUGAUGCUGUGGUCUCCUAACAUCUAUAUUCUACUUCUAGCUAGGUUAUUUGUUGGAUCAGGAAGUGGUUUGGUUUUCACCUGUGUCCCUAUUUAUAUAUCCGAAACAUCUCCUCCAAAUAUGAGGGGAUUACUAGUAACUAUGCCACAGUUUAUGUUCAUCAUAGGAACUAUCUUUUCCUAUUGCCUGAUAUUCUGGUUAACACUAAUGUCUUCACCUAAGUGGAGAAUUAUGAUUGGUGCGAUCUUUGCUCCUUCCAUCAUCUACUUGGCUUUGUUAGUGUACUACUUGCCAGAGUCACCUAGGUGGCUUGUAAAUGAUGGAAAGAUUAGUGAGGCGAGAGUUUCUCUGCAGUGGCUUAGAGGGAAGAAGCAUGAUAUUUCAGGAGAAAUAGAAACAAUUGUGGAAAGUGUGGACUUUAUCUCGGACACAGCCAUUGGGACUGAUCAGGGUCAAAGUUUUGCUGGACCCAUUUCUAGCCAGAUUUGGCCCCAGAAUACCUUUUAUUGGAACCUUUCAGACCCACUAGUUGAUCUUCUUGGAAGCAUUCAUGAGACUAUGUCGGAAGCAACAGGAAGCAGAAGGAAUAGUUUCUUCCCAGUCUUCAACAGUUUUUCUUUUCUGGAACAUGAACAUAUGAAUGAGCACAGGGAUGAUAGCAAUGAUCAACAGACUAGGGAGGUUUAUUCUGUUGGAGAAGCUAAUAAUGGAGAUGGUUUGCGGACUUCUCUGCUUUCUCAGACAGCAAGUGUUGAAGUUAACGAUACAAAUACAUCUUUUACUUCUGAAGGGAGCUCUUCAUAUUUAAGAAGGCAUGGUACUUCAGCAUUUACGCAAGAGUUUAUGGCAUCUUUACAUGAUCAUGACAUUGAAGAAGAAGAUGAAGAAACCAGUGGGAUGGCAUUGCCUCACCAGCCUGCAUAUCAGUAUAUGGAAAGCUCAAGGAGACAUCCAUACAGAUAUCGAAUCCUCCGGCUAUCUGAAACAGCUGAUAUGAAGUCUAAAUGGCGGGUGCUUCUUCAGCCAGGAAUCAGGCAUGCCUUGUGUUAUGGCAUGUUAAUUCAAGCUCUUCAGCAGUCAACAGGAAUCAAUGUCCUUCUCCGCUACACUCCUGAAAUACUUAGACAGGUUGGAGUGGUUAGUUUGUUUUCAGACAUUGGACUUUCUCCUCAUUCAACAUCAAUUCUCAUAAGUGCCCUUAAUGCUUUGCUGAUGCUCCCUUGUAUAACUGCUGCAAUGCUGCUGAUGGAUGUCUGCGGGAGAAGGGCUCUUAUACUGGCGACCACUCCGAUCCUGAUAUUAUCAUUGAGCGUAAUGUCUUUGUCCACCCUGGUGGAUAUGGGAUCAUUGGAGCGUGCCAUCCUCUUUCACCUUGCAUUAACCAUUUGCUUCUGCUCCUACGUCAUCGGUUUGGGGCCGAUACCUAAUGUUCUCUGCUCCGAGAUGUUCCCAACCAAGGCCCGGGCAACCUGCAUGAGCUUUUGUUCUCUUUCCUUCUGGUUCGGAGGGCUGCUUUCAGCAUACUGCUUCCCUGUGAUGCUGAGUACCAUCAGCCUCAGCGGAGCAUGUGGGAUCUAUGCACUUGUGUGCUGCAUUGUUCUUUGUCUCGUCUACUAUAGAAUACCAGAGACGAGUACGCUUAACUUGGAGCUCAUCGCCGAGCUCUUCAAAUUUUCAAGGCAGUCGAGGUAUGUAGCUUAGGUUGCUCGGGACAGAAAGUAUGUAGCUCAGGCUGGGUGCUGAUCGAUGAUGUGUGUACAUAUAACAUGUGUAGCUUGGAAUGUCAAACUUUUGUGCUAGUUUUAGGAGGAUUGGUGAUAGUGUGUCUAGCAGUUAAUUCUUUUUUCGUUUCAGAAUGGUAGCAAUGUUUGUAGUGUUUACAGAAAGAAAUUAUUCACUGCAUGUAUCCUUUCUGAGAUCGAAAUAAUAUUGCUGGGGUUAUACAGAUUAAAUUA